AGUUCAAAACGUUGAUAAGAUUGGGUAGGGGAGUCCGGGGCAAGAUGAAACUCGGGGCAGGACGGGAAGUGUGAAAGUUAGCAAUAUUAUAUUAGAUUAACUACGUGACUGCAUGAGCAUUAAAUAUUAAAACGUUUAAAUAAAAUGGGCGUGCUAAAAUGGAUAUUCUUCAUAAUUAUUGGGGUAGCAUUACUUAUAAUAACAAAAUUUAUAACUCAUCCUGUAAAAGCACCUGUUUUGGAAGAGAAGUAUUGGGGUCCUGGAAGUCCACCGUUGGUCAGCAGGAAGACUGUUUCUCAAAUAGAAAUUACAUUUACAACUGAGGCAAUCAAUGACUUAAGAUAUCGCUUAGGAAAUACUCGAUACACACCACCUUUAGAAGGAAUAGCACAGGAAUAUGGUUUCAACACAGAUCUCCUCAAAGAAAUCGUUGAUUUCUGGCAAAAUAACUAUGAUUUCAAACAGCGGGAGGCGUACCUCAACAAAUAUCCCCAUUUUAAGACUAAUAUUCAAGGACUUGAUAUGCAUUUCGUGCAUGUGAAGCCCAAGGACACUGCGGGUCUCACUGUGCUUCCACUCUUGUUACUACAUGGAUGGCCUGGCUCAGUGAGGGAGUUUUACGAAUUGAUUCCGUUUUUAACCACAAGAAAUCCGAAGCAUAACUUUGUGUUUGAAGUUAUUGCACCCUCACUGCCAGGUUUUGGUUAUUCUCAAGCCCCUGCGAAACCAGGUUGUGGUGCUGUGGAAAUGGCUGUCAUCAUGAAGAACCUUAUGUUGCGUCUGGGACAUUCAAAGUUCUAUAUUCAGGGUGGUGAUUGGGGUAGUAUGAUAGCGUCAUACUUAGCUGCCGUUUAUAAGGAUCAUGUGCUUGGUGUGCAUUGCAAUAUGUGCUUAGUAUCUACACCGUUAGCAUGGAUAAAGCGUUUUGCUGGAGUUCUCUACCCGCCAGCGAUUGUCGACAAAAAGUACCAAGAUCGUUAUUACCCACUUGGUAGUUGGUUCAGAAAUAUGUUAGCCGAAUCUGGUUAUUAUCACAUUCAAGCGACUAAACCUGAUACCGUAGGAGUAGGCUUGAAUGACUCGCCUGCUGGUUUGGCUGCCUAUAUUCUGGAAAAAUUCACUACGCUCACAGAUCCUGCGUACCAAAAGAGAAUUGAUGGUGGAUUGCAUAAAGAUUUUAGAUAUGAGAAUCUUCUUGAUAAUAUUAUGAUUUAUUGGAUUACUAAUACUAUGACAAGCGGGAUGCGUAUAUAUGCAGAGUCAAGAAGGAGUGAUAUUCAAAGGGUGCCCAUUGAGGUGCCAAGCGCAUGCGCCAAUUUCAGGCACGAGCUUUUCUACACACCUGAAGCAGUUUUGCGGGAUCGUUAUGUAAAUUUGGUACAAAACACUCACUAUGACUUUGGCGGCCAUUUUAUUGCAAUGCAAAUGCCUGACAUCUUGGCUGCCGACAUAUUUAGCGCUGUGGAGAAAAUGGUAUUACAGCAAGUAAAUGACUAUUCGUUCGAAAAAGAUUUGUAGGCAAUUAUUUUUACACUCGCAUUAAUGUUUUAUUUUAAAUCUUAUUUUUUAAAUUGAGUCAUUACCAAACAAUUGUAGCAUAAGUCGAUACUACUUAAACCCGGUAAAUGGCAAAGCAUAAAAUCUAAUCGGAAACUAAACAAACACAAUUGUGUGGAGUUUUAUUACCCAAAUCAUAAUAAAUUAGCAUAUCAAGCCUGA